UCGCCCGCGUCUGAACCAGGCUGCCAACGUCAUAGAGGAGCCCAACGGCUCCUGACCGCGCGUCACAGAGCUGGUCGUGACGUCACCGGGAGCCAUGGCAGUCACUUCCUGACGUCUGAAGCAAGCAAUGACAUCACAGCACGUCCCUAAAAAUUGCACCCAGAAUUUCUGUCCCCUUCUUCUGCGUCUUUCUCUUCAGCACCUGUCGCUAACACGUCAUGUAUUUUACUUAUUUUGUUACCGGUCAUGCCUAGAACACGAACUUUAUUAGGGGAGGGACGAUUAUUUUGUUCACUAGUGUAUCUGAGUAGGUCUGGGUGGGUGCUCAGACGUUUGUCGGUGAACGAAUGUUAAGAAGGAGCAGCAAUACCCAGGGCCCUUAGAGAUAUUUCAUUUAUCUAUUUAUCUGAAAGAGUGACACAGAGAGGGAGACACAGAGAGAGAACUGAGAUCUUCCAUCCUCUGGUUCACUCCCCCCAACGGCCCCAAUGGCUGAAGCCAUGUUAAGGUCUAGAACGCCACCGCCCGAGGGACGACUCCAAAAGACUUCUCUCAUGCAAAUUGCAAAGGGUUUUUUUAUUUUUCCAGCAUGCUGGGGCUCUCUGAUCAGACCAGAACAGAGCAGCCCUGAGGAACUACAGCAUAGGGUUUAUAAAGGCAAAAACCGCAAAAUCGGAAGGGGGGGGGAUGCACGGUUGCUAUACAUGGUUGCUAAGAUCAAAAAGAGUACAUAGUUACUGGGGUCAACAUAACCUAAGACCUAGGUGAAAUUAAUAUCAUAAUCUUGACAAUACCAGUUACAAUCAUACAAUUAUCAUUUAUGAUCUUGACAUUAAUCCAAAUUAUAUGUAAGACAUAGACAAAUCACAUUUUUAUCAUUAACCCAGGUGCGACCUUUUUACUUUCAAGCUUGAGCAAUCAUGCUAGGGGGUUUCUGUGCUCUGCCAAGGGUGAUGUAGUGCACUGCUAUUGUCUGACUAUUUGAGAUCAUAGUUUCAGACCAGAGUCUCACGGUGGGGGGGUUACUUUCCCAGAAUGCAGUCUCAAGUGCUCCAAAAUGGAGUCCCUACUGUCAAGGUGCUACUUCAGCCAGGAGCCUGGAACUCCAUCUUGGUAACCCGCUGUGCCACCACGCUGGCCCCCCGGGCACCUCUAAACAAACAUUUAGUCCCUUUUGCUCUGCAAGCCCUUCAGUCAUCCUCCUCUCAUCACAGCGUUCGGGACAGAGAGCUUUGACUCAGGGUCUCUGGGUCCCUCCCUGGUCGUCUGUGGGGUGACACUCGCCGUGGAGAAUGAGAGCUCACAGAUGGUUAGAGCUGGCGGAUCAGAGCUCACAGAAAUUCAAGUUCCCAAGCACACCGUGAAAUUCUACUUCAGUACUUCUGCAGUGGGCCCAGGAGUGUGCAUUUUGUGAGAGAGAGAGCAAGAAGGGAGAGAGAGAGAGAGAGAGAGAGAGAGACAGAGAGAGAGAGAGAGGAGUUCCCAUCUGCUGGAAUCCCACAGUGGUUGGGGUUGCAGCCAAGAGCUGGGAACUCAACCCAGGUCUCCCGUGUGGGCGGCAGGAACCCAAGCACUUGAGCCAUCACUACUGCCUCCCAGGUCCGCAUUAGCAGGAAGCCCAAGCCACUGUCACAGCCAGAUACUCUGAUGUGGAAAGCAGACAUGGAAGCUGCAUCUGCACUGCUAGACUAAAUGCCUGUCCCAGAAUUUUGAUCAACCACGUGCCCGGGCCCGAUUAAGGACCGCACUGUGAAGGCAAUCUUGGGAAAGUUACAGAUGCUCCCCUGAGACCAUGCACUGCUCACAAUGGGAAUCCCCGAAGUACCCUUCCUGCCUCAUCGCACCUUCCUUAGAAUUCUAGGAAGUGCAAGUAGCAGUUCUUAGAGGGCUUGAGGCACAGGGACAAUAUGUCCAGCUGUGUUCCAGGCCAGAGGGGAGAUGCCCGUGCCAGGUUCCAGGGGGUGAUGUCAGCCCUUUGAUUGAUGAGAUGCCCGCAGAGUCCAGGAGGAGGAGUGGGGAGGGGGAACCCCAGGGCCCUUCAGACUAAGAAUUCUGGUCCUUCCCCAGGCCUCAUCCCACCCUGCCCUGUUGCUGUUUGUGAACUCCUUUGGGUCCAGUGUCCUCAUCCAUCAUCCAGUGUCCAUCAUCCCUUUAGGGGGAGAUGAAGCCCUCCCCUAACAUCAGAGGGUCUCAAGGUCCAAACUGGGCCUUGCUUAGAAAUAAAAGGACCCAUCCGUCUUGUCUAAUGUUCAUAGAUCCAAAAGCUCAUUUCAAUGCCUGAGAUGUAGGCAGCACAGGGCUUUCCGACUCCAGCACUGAGCAGGAAAAGCUGACGCACAAGGAAGGACCAUGUCAAGAUCCAGCUCCUCUGACCGCCUAAUCUUAUCUGCCGCUGCUGCCCAACACAUGCCUUGUAAUCAGGCCUAACCGAACGAAUCACAUGUCUCAGAACACACCCUGCAUUCCUCCCUGCUCUCAACUCCAGGCCUCUUUUAACACUUCCACCUCUGCUCUCCCUCGUAGAUCCUUGGCCCUGGCCCCUUCCUCUCUGUAACUGCAGUCUCUCCUGGCUAUGAUAGGGAUGGAAACCAUGAAGCUGCUGGAAGACAGAACACAUGUGAUUCGCCUCUGUGGCUGAACUGUGCUGCCCUUGCCCUUGCCCUUGCCCAGAUGGUCUAGCCCAAGUCCUGCUCAUAGGAGUAAAAAAAUAAAAUAAUCGAGUCAGUGACUGUGCAAGGCACUCGACACACAGUACUGUCACCUAACAUACGUUAAGUACUUCAAUGGGCACAACAAUUGCACACCUGUUUAAGUGUUAUUAACCAAGCAAGGAGCUCUAUGUCCAGAAACAUUCAUGCAUACUUUAUGGACUGGUCCCAUGAGCGUCCUAGGACCCAGAGUCAAGGACCUCUGGCCACUGGUGUGUUGAACAACUAUUAUAUGCAAGCUAGGGACAUGCAUUUAAUCAUCAUUAGUUAAUUAAUUAAUGUGUCAAAUGCCUAUAGCACCAAUGCUGGGGCUAGGAGAGUCAUUUACUAAUCCAUUCAUUUAUCCGGCUAGUGUUUUGAGGGCCUAAUAUGUGCCACACCUCAGCUGGGCAUCGAAGAGAGAGAAAUGAACAAAGAGCAAUCUGAAGCGUAUGCCCUUGAAGCCUUGUAGCCUGGAAUCCUGCCUCUUCCCUUGUCUCCAUCGCCACAAGGAUGCAGGAUGGAGGCCAAAGUGGUCCUGCCCACUUGCAGCUGGUUCAGGCAAGGAGGAUGGGGCUGACCGCGAGGCCUCCCCCAUCUCAGUCCCCCUCCCUCUUCACCCAUGACCACCAGGCCUGCUGCCCAUGUAUUUGACUAAAGGGCAGGGAUUGCUGAACCUGCUGGGUGAGUCCCAUGAGUCAGAGGCGAUUCCGGUGGGCAGGAGGGCAAGCAGACCGUGAGCGAGCCAGUGGCGCUAGGACCAUGGCUCUGACCGUGUGUGUGCGGCGACUAACAGGACUGCCAGGCAUCCACGACCGGCAAGUCAAGCUCAGCUUUCGGGGCUAUACCCAGAAAACAAGGAAAAUCCACUGUGGCCGAGACGCUGACAUCGGUGAGUUGUUCCGCUGGCCCCACUAUGGGGCUCCACUGGCUGGGGAGUGUCUGUCUGUGCGGGUUGUCAAUUGCAGCCGUGUGUUCAGGCCCAGGCCUCUGGGGACCCUGGUGAUCUCCCUGCAGCAGCUGCAGAGUGCUGGGCACUUGGUGCUGCGAGAGGCUCUAGUGGACGAACACCUGCGCGUGUCCCCGAUCCAGGUGGAGCUUGACCUGAAGUACCAGCCCCCAGAGGGUGCUGCCGGGGACUGGGCAGAGGAGGACUUCGGGGCACCCAUCCGGGACAGCUCGGAGCUAAUCAUCCCCAAUGUGGGCUUCCAGGAGCUAGAGCCUGAGGAGGCCCGGCUGGAGCGGCGGGCAGUGGCUUUGGGCCGCAGACUAGCCCGAAGCCUAGGCCAGCACGAUGACGAGGACACGGAGCUGGCGCUGGAGCUGGAGCUGGAGCUGGAGGAUGAACCUGACGUCGAGCUCUCCGGGGUCGUGUUCAGCCCCCUGAAGAGCCGAGCUCGGGGCCCGGCCCGCGGGGAUCCCUUGCAGCUGUCCAGAGCCCAGGACUUCCAGGUGGGGGUCACCGUGCUGGAGGCUCAGAAGCUGGUGGGGGUCAACAUUAACCCCUACGUGGCCGUGCGUGUCGGGGAGCAGCGCCGAGUCACGGCCACGCAGCGCGGGACCAAUUGCCCCUUCUACAACGAGUACUUUCUGUUCGAAUUUCACGAGAGCCGGCUUCGCCUCCAGGACAUGCUGCUGGAGAUCACGGCUUUCCACUCGCAGACCCUGCCCUUCAUGGCCACCCGGAUAGGCACCUUCAGGAUGGACCUGGGCAUCGUCUUCGACCAGCCAGAUGGCCAUUUCUACCAGAAAUGGGCUCCGCUGCACGACCCUCGGGACACCCGCGCCGGGAUCAAGGGCUUUGUCAAGGUCACACUGUCCGUGAGGGCGCGCGGGGACCUGCCCCCUUCACUGCCGGCCCCGGGCCCCGGGCACAGCGCGGACAUCGAGAAGAACCUGCUCCUGCCUCGCCGGGUGCCGGCCGAGCGGCCGUGGGCACGGCUCCGCGUGCGCGUGUUCCGCGCCGAGGGCCUUCCGGCGCUGCGCCCCGGGCUGCUGGGAAGCCUGGCCCGCGCCCUGCAGGACCAGCGCGUCCUCCUGGACCCUUACGUGAGGGUGUCUUUCCUGGGACAGCAGGGCGAGACGUCGGUGCGCGAGGAGGCGGCAGCGCCCGAGUGGAACGAGCAGCUGAGCUUCGUGGAGCUCUUCCCGCCGCUGACGCGCGGCCUUCGCCUGCAGCUGCGGGACGACGCGCCGCUCGGCGACGUGGCCCUCGCCACGCACGUGCUGGACCUGAGGCAGAUCUCCCACGCAGGCCGCGCAGCGGGGUUUAACCCCACCUUCGGCCCGGCCUGGGUGCCCCUGUACGGCUCGCUCCCCAGUGCUGGGCUCCGGGAUGGUCUUCAAAGUCUCAACGAAGGCUUUGGCCAAGGCAUUUGGUACCGCGGCCGCCUGCUGGUGGCUGUGUCCAUGGAGGUGUUCGAAGGCAGAGCUGAGCCUGAGGCCCCCAAGGCCCCACAGGGGUCUAGAUUGUCCCGACUGACCGGAAAGAAGAAGAAGAAAGCCAGGCGCGGCCAGGCCCCAACAGGGGCUCCGCAGUCGGGGGCCGCCGGCGCCGGCACCAGUGCUGAUGGGCCUGAGAUUCCCAGCGCCAUGGAAGUGGAGGUGGAAGAGCUGCUGCCGCUGCCAGAGAACGCCCUGGCGCCCUACCAAGACUUCCUGCUUUUCGGUGUGCUCUUCGAGGCCACCAUGAUUGACCCUGCCGUGGCCUCCCAACCCAUCAGCUUUGAGAUCUCUAUCGGUCGCGCCGGCCGGCAGGAGGAGCGCUUGGGCCGAGGGUCCGGGGCCGGAGAGGAGGCCGAGGAUGCCAUGGCAGAGACCCAGCCUCUGCUGGAGUCAGAAGUGGGGGCUGAGCAGGAUGAGGAGGAGAAGGAGGAAGAGGAGCUGGGGACCCCCGCUCAGCGGCCUGAGCCCAUGGACGGCAGUGGGCCGUACCUCUGCCUGCCCCUGCGGCACUGCAAGCCCUGCGUGCGCGUGUGGAGCCGCUGGGAGGACUACACGUGGCGCCUGCACAGCAGCAACUGCGUGCGCAAAGUGGCUGAGCGGCUGGACCUGGGGCUGCAGGAGGUUGAGAAGAUGCAGCGCAGACCGGGACCUGGCGCCUGCACGAGGCUCAAGCAGGCGCUGGAGGAGCUGGUGGCCGGGAGCAGACAGUUCAGCCGCGGCGCGGAGCGGCGGACCAUGACGCGGCCCAAUGCCCUGGACCGCUGCCGGGGGAAAUUGCUGACACACAGCCUGAACCUGUUGGCAAAGCAAGGACUGUGGCUUCUCCGGGGCCUGAGACAGGGCACCAUGCAAAAGAAGAUGAUGUUGGCCAAAAAGCUCCUGGAAAAACUGCGCUUCCUGGCUCAGGAGCCCCAGCCGCCUCUGCCCGACGUGCUGGUCUGGAUGCUCAGUGGGCGGCGCCGCGUGGCCUGGGCCCGGAUCCCUGCCCAGGAUGUGCUGUUCUCUGUGGUGGAGGAGGAGCGGGGCCGGGACUGUGGGAAGAUCCAGAGCCUGCUGCUCACAGCCCCUGGAGCAGCCCCUGGCGAGGUCUGUGCCAAGCUGGAGCUCUUCCUGUGGCUGGGGCUGGGCAAGCAAGCCAAGGCCUGCACCUCCGAGCUGCCUCCGGACCUGCUGCCCGAGCCUGUGGCUGGGCUGCCCCGCAGCCUGCACCGGGAUGACUUCAGCUACUUCCAGCUCCGGGCUCACAUGUACCAGGCCCGAGGUGUGCUGGCCGCAGACGACAGUGGGCUCUCGGACCCCUUUGCUCGAGUGCUCAUCUCUACCCAGUGCCAGACCACGCGGGUCCUGGAGCAGACGCUGAGCCCGCUGUGGGAUGAACUCUUGGUAUUUGAUCAGCUGAUCGUGGACGGGCGGAGGGAGCACCUGCAGGAGGAGCCUCCCUUGGUGGUCAUCAAUGUCUUUGACCACAAUAAGUUUGGCCCUGCUGUGUUCCUGGGCAGGGCGCUGGCUGCGCCCAGGGUAAAGCUGGUGGAGGACCCGUACCAGCGGCCCGAGCUGCAGUUCUUUCCCCUGAGGAAGGGGCCCCGGGCGGCCGGAGAGCUCAUCGCCACCUUCGAACUCAUUGAACUGGACUACAGCCGCCGACUUGAGCCCUCAGUGCCCAGUGACGUGGAGCCCCAGGACCUGACGCCCUUGGUGGAGCCCGUCUCCGGACGCCUGGCCCUGCCACCCAGCGUGCGUCCCGUGCUCAGGGAGUUCCGCGUGGAGGUGCUGUUCUGGGGCCUGCGGGGCCUCGGGCGCGUGCAUCUGUUCGAGGUGGAGCAGCCCCAGGUUGUGCUGGAGGUGGCUGGGCGACGGGUGGAGUCCGAGGUCCUGGCCAGCUACCGCGAGAGCCCCAACUUCACCGAGCUCGUCAAGCAUCUGACGGUGGACUUGCCAGAGCAGCCUUACCUGCAGCCCCCACUCAGCAUCCUGGUGAUCGAGCGCCGGGCCUUUGGCCGCACGGUCCUGGUGGGCUCCCACAUUGUCCCCCACAUGCUGAGGUUCACACUCCAGGGUCCCGAGGAUGCCCCUGAGGAGGAAGGAGAAGAGGAGGACCCGGGGGACCUGGUGCCCAAAGGACCUCAAGAAUCCAAGUCUCCAGAUCCCCCGCUGGCUGAAGCAGGGCUGUCCGGGCGGCUCCUGAAGAAGCUCCCGCUGGGAGGCCUCCUGAGCCAAGGCCCUGAGCUGGAGGAAGACGUCCCUGACCCUGAGGAGCUUGACUGGUGGUCCAAGUACUACGCGUCGCUGCAGGAGCUCCGGGGACAGCCCAGCCUCGAGGAGGAUGAAAUGGACGACCCCGGGGACUCAGGUGGGAUCAACCUCAUUCCUGUGGAAGGGGAGGCCCAAGACCAGGGGGAGGCUGAAGUCAAAGGCUCAGCACCCCGGAAGAAAGCUGUCGCCACCCUGAAGAUCUACAACAGGUGCCUGGAGGAAGAGUUUGACCACUUCGAGGACUGGCUGAACGUGUUUCCCCUGUACCGUGGCCAAGGGGGCCAGGGGGACGGAGAUGCAGAAGAAGGAGGGUCUGAGCGCUUUGUGGGCAAGUUCAAGGGCUCCUUCCUCAUCUACCCGGAGGCACAGGCAGUGUCCUCUGAGCCCAAGAUCUCUCGAGGGAUCCCACAGAACCGGCCCCUCAAGCUCCUGGUCAGAGUGUACGUCGUGAAGGCUACCAACCUGGCUCCCGCGGACCCCAAUGGCAAAGCGGACCCCUACGUGGUGGUGAGUGCUGGCCAGGAGCGGCAGGACACCAAGGAGCGCUACAUCCCCAAGCAGCUCAACCCCAUCUUUGGAGAGGUCCUGGAGCUUAGUAUCUCUCUCCCGGCUGAGCCCGAGCUGACCGUGGCCGUGUUUGACCAUGACCUCGUGGGUUCUGACGACCUCAUUGGAGAGACCCAUAUCGACGUGGAAAACCGCUUCUACAGCCACCACCGGGCCAACUGCGGGCUGGCCUCCCAGUACGAUGUGGAGGGGUACAACGCAUGGCGGGACGCCUUCCGCCCGGCGCAGAUCCUGGCGGGGCUAUGCCAGCGCUGCGGCCUCCCUGCCCCCGAGUACCGAGCCGGGGCCGUCAAGGUGGGCAGCAAAGUCUUCCUGACGCCACCCGAGACCCUGCCCCAAGGUGGCGGGCCCAGCAGCGCCCUGGAGGAGGCCCAGGCAUUGCUGGUGCUGCGGCGCUGGCAGGAGAUGCCGGAGCUUGGGCUCCCGCUGGUCCCCGAGCACGUGGAAACGCGGCCCCUCUACCAUCCCCGCAGCCCAGGGCUGCUGCAGGGAUCCCUUCACAUGUGGGUUGACAUCUUUCCUCGAGACGUGCCUGCCCCACCGCCAGUUGACAUCAAGCCUCGGCAGCCCAUCAGCUACGAGCUCCGAGUUGUCAUCUGGAACACGGAAGACGUGGUUCUGGACGACGUGAAUCCGCUCACCGGGGAGAUGUCGAGCGACAUCUACGUGAAAAGCUGGGUGAAGGGGCUGGAGCAUGACAAGCAGGAGACCGACGUCCACUUCAACUCCCUGACUGGGGAGGGGAACUUCAACUGGCGCUUCGUGUUCCGCUUCAACUACCUGCCCACCGAGCGGGAGGUGAGCGUCCGGCGCCGGCCCGGACCCUUCGCCCUGGAGGAGGCCGAGUUCCGGCAGCCGGCCCUGCUGGUCUUGCAGGUCUGGGACUACGACCGCAUCUCCGCCAAUGACUUCCUGGGGUCCCUGGAGCUGCAGCUUCCGGACAUGGUGCGGGGGGCCCGGGACGCGGAGCACUGCUCAGUCAGGCUGGCUCGCGACGGGGCAGUGCCCAGGUGCAACCUGUUCCGCUGCCGCCGGCUGCGGGGCUGGUGGCCCGUGGUGAAGCUGCGGGAGGCCGAGGACGUGGAGCGGGAGGAGCGGGAGGCUCAGGCUGGCAAGAAAAGGAAGCGAAAGAGGAGGAAGGGCCGGCCCGAAGACCUGCAGUUCACGGACACCGGAGGCAACGUCUACAUCCUCACAGGCAAGGUGGAGGCAGAGUUUGAGCUGCUGACGGUGGAGGAGGCGGAGAAGCGGCCAGUGGGGAAGGGGCGGAAGGAGCCGGAGCCCCUGGAGAAGCCCAACCGCCCCAAAACCUCCUUCAACUGGUUUGUGAACCCGCUCAAGACGUUUGCCUUCUUCAUCUGGCGCCGCUACUGGCGCGUCCUGGUGCUGCUGCUGCUGCUGGCGCUGGUCACCGUCUUCCUCCUCCUCGUCUUCUACACCAUGCCCGGCCAGAUCAGCCAGGCCAUCUUCAGCCCCCUCCACAGGGCCUCCGACGCUAACUGAGCUGCAUGGCCGCCCACCGUGCCCGCCCAGAGCAGGGCUCUCUGAAUAAACCUCAGGUGCUUGCCCGACACUCCGCCUCCUGCAGGUGGUACGGGUCCCAGAUGUUCCCACUGUUCCUGGGGGACCUGCAGGGGCAGUGCACCCUGCACCUGCCGUGGGGGGUCCCUCUCACCUCACCUGCCGGUGGCGUCUGCUGUUCCUGACAGCUAAGCACUGUGAACUGCAACUUGUCCCUCACCAACCUGAGUGGCCGCACCUGUUAGGACACUUUGGGUUCCAAGUGACAACAAAUCUCAACCCAAGUUGGCUGCAGCA